CCCCGUCAUGGGGGGUCAAAAUUCAACUCCGAAGCCCGUCGUGAAUCGGGAAUCCGCUUCGACACUGCAACCGGUCUCCUCAUCACAGUAUCAUGAUAUCAGAAAUUCGAAAUACGUAGACGUUGAAUCUUCAUCAACAUUGUCGUCGAUAUCUUCUGAAACAACGACAGAGGAUACAGAUGAUAGAGUGGAUCCGAAAAUCAUUGAUAAACCCGAAAAAAGCACGUUUCAAGAUUCUCCGGUAAAUAUUCUGAAGCCACUUGAAGGUCUGACUGGAGAUGAUAUAGUGAAGAAAUCUGAAGAGAUGCUGAGAAAAUUGUGGAAGCGUCCUCAUUCAACGUGGAAUAAGAUUACUGCAGUGACAAAUGUGAGCUCUGAAAAGACAAUAACCGAUGGACAAUUGAGUGAAAAAGCUCGUAAAGAUGUUGAUCAUGAUGUAGAUCGAACAAUUUAUGAUAUUCCACUCGAAUAUUGUCAUCUUCGAAUUCCAAAAUCACGUACAUCAAGAUCUUGUCCCGAUCCGUGGAGACGAUAUGGAGCUCAUGUUAAACUUUGUGAGGUUGGUGGUUGGAUGCCUGAAAAUCGAAACAAGAAUUCUAAAGUGAUUGUAGUGAAGAAAGGAUCAGCUCCGCCAGCGGCUCCCCGUUGUAAACCACUGAUGACUGUGGAAGACUACCUCGGAGUUCUCAGAAAGUAGAAGAUUCUCUAUCAUUCAGUGAACUAUUUUUUUGUUUAUCGUGAAUCUUCUCUAUCAAUUCCAUAAAAAACCAUCCGUC